GACAAAAGAAACAAGAUGUAAAUUUGAAAGGUUCUUCAUAUAUGCUAAACAAACAUAUUGUUCCGCAUGGUAGAAUAUCCCGAUACGGCAUGAUGUCAAUCAUGAUUCUAAAAAUGACAACAAAAACAUCAACUUAUCUUGAACAAGAUAAUCUAAUAAUCAGAGUAUGGGGAGUACGGUACUCUUAAUAAUAAUAACGGCACUCGAUAUUGACAUUUUCGAUAUAGGCCGACAGUGUACAUUCUGUUUUGGUUAAGGUUAAUCAUAUAUUCAAGGCGCAUGAUCCCUGAAAACAGAGCAUCCCGGAAAAAAACUGAUGCAUCCACUGCAUGCAUUUUUAUAAUCCACGACGUAAUCACGUCAUCACCUUCAAAUAGCAUCUCAUGAUGUGGAUGUCAGUUCGUAUGGCGUCGUCUUGGAUGAUCGCAUCUUCGGAAAACACCUGUGAAGGAAUUUAUUCUGAGCUGUAGAAUUUGGAAGGUUGUGGAUAUUUCUUGAGGGUCCUGCUCCUCGUGUUGUCCAUAUAGGGAUGAUGGACCAUUCAAGAGAUCACCAUUCUGAUCUACCCAUUGAAGAUUGGAGAUCAUCUCUGAUGGAGAAGAAGAUAGACCUGUAUAACUUUGAGAGCUGCGCUGCUGAAGAGUCGCCCUAUAUACUCACCAGUCCUAGAUCUCUCAGGGCAUGUGCAAGAGUGAAGAUACAGCCUGUGGAAUUGUUAGCUAAGCCUGAGACUGAUUUUGAGGAGGAGCUGCUAACAUCUGGACAACAACCAGGAGAAGCUUCCAGGAAACUCUAUGAUGCCCAUGAGAGACAGAGAUUAAGAAAGCUGUAUAUGUGUAGACGAGCAAGAGAGGAGAUAAUUCAAGAAGAGGGGGGAGAUGAAAGGAUAGAAGUCAUCGACCAUGCAAAGCUGCUCUUCCAAGGAUUGAACAAACCCCCUGAAAGAACAGUCAAAGCAAAUGCCAAUGGAAUAGAUCAAAGUAAAGUGAUUAUUCCUAAAUCAGGACAAGCCAACUCCAACCUGAGGCCUGGAGCAAACCCUCGACCACCCAGUCAUCCUCCAACUCGACCUCCACCAUCCAGAUCAUCGGCGAGCUCAAAGACAUCAUCGACCUCAUCACCUAGGACAUCAUCCAGCAAGACAAGCUCUGGCUCGACUCCAUCUUCGAGAGGCCGAAGGAACCCUACCCCUGGAGACCUUCCUGCGAGGUUCUUCAAGAGGUCAGCGUCCAUGCCACCUACAUCUAGACAGCGUCCGCAAUCAGCCGUCGCGAGUGGGUCGAGUCAUCGAUCUAGUCGGACACCGUUGAGCCAAAGAUUGGGUCUAGAUGGAGAAAGACCCUCUAGGCCAUCGUCUCGGUCAAGACCUUACAGUGCUAACCUACCAGAGAGGGACCAGAAAAUACUAGACUGUAUGGUGUUCAAGAGAGAACAAGAGAAGGAAGACCUGAGACAUCAACAGAUCAUCAGGAAGGUCUGGGAUGAAGAACGAAGGAAAGAAGAUAAGAUCAAAGCAGAGAAUGAACUACAGAGAAGAAAGAACUUGGUGGAGAGAGAACAGGAUAGACAGAAGAAAAGGGAGAGGAUGCAAAAGCAGAGAGAAAAGGAAGAAAAGGAAAAAUUGAAGGAGAUUGAAAUAUCUCUGAAAUAUAAAGAUGCUAAACAUGUGCAGCUAGCCUCACAACAAGACCUACUGAAGAUUCAGCAGAUAGAUAUGAAGAAACAAGUUGAAAAGGCCAAGAAAGAAAAACAGGCCAAGUCUUUACAGGUAAAAGAAGCAAAAGAUGAAGAAUAUCGGAGAAGUGCAGAGAAACACAUCAUGCUCUCUCUGGAAUCAGCUGAAGCAAAGAGAGAGAGGCAGCAACAAGAAGAAGUGAGGGAGCUUCAGAGAAAGAACAAAGAAGUCAUGAAACAGCAUGCUGUUAGGAAGAAGGUCAUCGACAAGAAAACAGAAGAGGAGAAUGAAUAUCAAAGGAUGUGUAUCGAUGCGAAGGAUAGUAAGCACAAAGAACUCAUUGAACAGCAACAUUUCCAAAGACAUUCAGAAAUCAGGAACAGCAGGCGGAAACUUGAAGAGCAACAGAAGAAAGCCAGCAAGACGAAGGUGGUCCUCGAUAACAACCUGGAGAAAUGGAAAGAUGAUAUUGUCAAGCAUAGAUCAGUGGUUCAGGACCAAGCCGUGGUAAAGGCAGAGAAAGUAGUUCAAGAGAAAGCCCAGAAAGCCCAAGAGCUUCGUAUUGUCAAGGAGAAGACGCACAAAGAAAGAAUAGCAAGGGUUGCUGAGGAUGCAGAGACAUUGGCCAGGUACACUGAGCAGAAGAUCAAACACAAAGAUCAGAAAGUUCAAGAAGUCAUCACAAAGAAGCAGCAGGAGAUCGACAGGUCACGGGCUGUGGCGCAGAACUCCGCUAAACUCAGAGAACAAAUACGCAAUCAGUACACAAGGUCAUUUGAUCGGAUGGCCAAGAAAGCUGAGCUAGACUCAAAGCUUGGAGCCGGUCCUAGUCUUGGGACCAAGAACUACUCUCAUGUCAUCAUCUCGUGAUCAAGAACAUCUAUGACCUCAUCCAAAGAGUUUUAACCACAGAGCUUCCAAGUCUCCCGGAUCCUGCGGGAGAAUACUGGAUUUCGAUCGAAUCUCCCGUUCUCCCGACCCCAUGCUAAAAUCUCCCGGAUAAUCGUGAUUUUUAGCUGUUAAAUUGUAAAAAUUCAUACAAACGGCUGUUUUACAAGUCUAGCAUGUUCAACUCCCUUUACACCCACGUGGAACCUCCGAAUCACAUUUUCAUUUUAUCCAGUAACUUUUACCAGUUUUUGUAUAA